UCUCGUAAUGAGCUUGACUUUUCUAUAUACAUAUAUAUGUGAGAGAGAGAGAGAGAGAGAGAGAUGUGAGCAUGUCCUCCUAAGGAGUUAAGUAAUUAAGCUGGUAAUAUUGACUUUCGUACUUAUUUUUAAGGGUUGCAAUUCUUGUGGUGGUGGCCGUUGUCCUUGAUUGUGGAAGUUGUAUUUAAACUUUGAAAAGUUUUGAUAACACAGAGACAGACAAGGCAACAGUAAUGAAGUAGCUAGGAACUGAUGGGCUUGGUUCUCCGUUUAUAUGUUAGAACAAUUAGUUGGCCGCGUGUCAAGGCGAUGAUUGGUAGUGCCGAUAAGGAGAAUAGAGCUUAACAAAAGAGCUUGUUAGAGUGGGCUAGUGGAAAAUAACUCCGAUACUUAAAACAUUAUAAUCUUUGGAGAGCAAAGGUAGCGUAAAAGAAAAUCAGACCAAAGUCGAUCUCCUUUUUACAUGGUGUCUUUUGCCUUUUAUAGAAGAUUUUUAUUAACCUUCGGCCAGUUUCACGCCCUCAUUGGAGACUCUCAUGUUGCUAUGUGUCCCAGAUUGCACGACUCUUAUGUGGGAUCACCUCAUGCUGGGAUUACAAAUAUAAUUAUUGGCAUGCCAAAGGAGAAGAUUCAUUAAUGUUGUACCAUGGAGCUAUUCUCAAGUCGAUUGGUUGAUGGACCGGGUAUUGAGUCCAUAUGUUCAAUGGUUACCGCCUAAUUCCCUUAUGAAAUUGGACAAUGAGAAUUAUUAGUUAUUGCAGGUCCUUUAGGCUUUUCGGCCGUUGAACAGUUUCAAUAUGAAAAAAAGCAUUAGGUGUGGAUGCAUUGAAUCAAAGUCUUUGAGUUACACUGACUUAAGCAUCAGAGCUAUCUCUCAUCGGCCUGCUCUGACAAGCUCUUCUACUAAGCUCGUCUCUCCUUGCACGCACUUCCAAUCAUCACCUCGGCACACAAUCACGUGUCACACCCUCACUGGAGACUCCCAAGUUGCUAUAUAUGUUCUCUAGAUCCCACGACUCCUACAUGCGAUCACCUCAUGUUGGGACUACAUAGACAAUUACUAACGUGCCAAAGAAGAAAAUCCAAUGUGAUACCAUGCUGCUAUUCUCAAUCAAUUGGUUAAUGGACUAUGUAACAUCCUGGUCCUAUAUUGGUAAGAAAUGAAUAACUCAAAUACAGUGAGUGGUUUAUGAAGAUACUCAUGGGUACUAAACCUCAUAUUACCAAGUUAUUAUGUGAAACUAGGCUUUAUAAAGGAUUACAGAAAAGCUCCAAAUUGACUAAUCUUUUUGAGGUGAUAGCGCAGAUAUGACUAGCACUUUUCCCUGAAUCGUUACAGACUUUGUAUCAGAUCCACAUGCUAUUAGUUAUUCCAUAAUUCCUUUGUGAACAUGUGGAAUUGGACAAGGGGAAUUAUUUGUUAUGAGGCUUUAGGCUUUUUGGCCGUUGGACAGUACUCUCAAUUAUAUGAAGAAGACAAAAAGGCUCGGCUCAGGUGCGGAUGCAUACGUUGAAUCAAGAACCACCUUCGAAGAGCAAUUGGUGGCUGAAAUUUCGAAUUGGCAUUAUUUCUGCAGCUGUGGCUGGGAUUGUAGUAAUCUCUUUUGUAAUUAUCUACAAAGUUAAGAGUAGGCACUUCUCAAGUAAUACAUUAAUGGUCUUCUGGAAAAGAGGUGAAAAGAAUUAUCAAAUCAAUGAUGAGGAAUUUAUAAAGAAGUACGGAUCAAUAGCACCAAAGCGAUAUACUUAUUCAGAUGUGAAGAAAUUGACCAACUCAUUCAAAGAAAAAGUAGGACAAGGAGGAUAUGGUGUUGUAUAUAAAGGGAAGCUACCUGAUGGGCGUAUGGUGGCAGUGAAAAUCCUGAGCACAUCCAAAGGUAAUGGAGAAGAUUUUAUCAACGAAGUGGCUAGCAUUAGUAGAACAUCGCAUAUUAAUAUAGUCACUCUUCUAGGUUUCUGCUACGAAAAGACUAAAAGAGCUUUAAUCUAUGAAUUCAUGCCUAAUGAAUCUCUUGAUAAGUUCAUAUAUGAUAAAGGAUCUCCAAUUACAAAUUGUCACUUGGACAGCAAAACUAUGUUCCAAAUUGCGGUUGGCAUUGCUCGAGGACUAGAAUACUUGCAUCAAGGUUGUAACACAAGGAUCCUACAUUUUGACAUAAAACCACACAAUAUACUUUUGGAUGAAGAUUUGCGCCCAAAAAUCUCUGAUUUUGGCCUUGCUAAACUAUGCAAAACAAAAGAGAGUAUUGUGUCAAUGACGGGCAUGAGAGGGACUGCAGGAUAUAUUGCACCCGAAGUAUUUAGCCGGAACUUUGGUGGAGUCUCUCACAAGUCUGACGUUUACAGCUACGGAAUGUUGGUUCUUGAAAUGGUUGGAGGAAGGAAAAAUUUUGAUGGUGGACUCUCUCAUACCAGUGAGACAUAUUUUCCACACUGGAUUUAUACGAAACUUGAACAGAAACAAAAUUCUACUACUUUUGAGGAAAUAACAGGAGAGGCGAAAGAAGAGACAACAAAAAAGAUGAUUAUAGUUAGUCUAUGGUGCAUUCAGACUAAUCCUUUAGAUCGGCCAUCAAUGGGUAAAGUGAUAGAGAUGUUAGAAGGAACCCUUCAAUCCUUACCAUUUCCACCAAAGCCUUUCUUGGAUUCACCUACCAGGUCACCUCAAGAUUCUACCAUGACUUCAUAGUCAUAAAAAUCCAACAUUUAAAAUAAGUGCAAUUGUAUUGAAAAUUCAAAGAAGAACAUAUUAUCUUAUUGUUGUGCAUGUUUUGCUUGCUUACACAAUGUUGUAUAUAUAGAAUUUGAGAA